AUGAGGACCAAUCCCGUGGACCUCGUUGAUCGAGCCGUGAAGGAUAUGACCAGUUCGAGGAGAUUUGAUGAGUCACGUUGUACCUUAUACCAUUCACUUACCCAGCCGGGUUGUCCUCAGACGACCGCAAAUCGCACCCAGGCAUCAGCCACGCCCAAAGAGAAAGCACCACAGCACCUCAUCCAACUCCAACCCCACCAAUGCGCAACGCCCGAAGCCGCAAGACGACCCCGCGAACGGCACCUCGAUCCCCGUUCCAAAUACCAUCGCAACGUUACCGCUAUGGCAGCGAUUGGGGCCUCUGUCGAGAGGGUUCCAGGCAUACGGGAGGAGCCAACGGAAGAGACCGUGGAACAGAAGAGACGCGAGAUUGGGAUUUCAGCGCUGACACCACAGCAACAAAACAGGUUCAUGUUCCUUGGAAACAACUUUAAUUAUGCCUCCAAAACUCUGUCGCUAGCGACGAAAGUCGCUGUCAAUCAGAUAUGCUUCACCCCGCUCUUCAACACCUAUUUCUUCGGCAUGCAGUCUUUCCUGUCCGGCGAUAGCCUUCCCGAGGUCUGGGAGCGCAUAAAGAGGACUGUGCCGACGUCGAUUUUAAACAGUUGUAAACUGUGGCCUGCGGUGACCGCAUUCAGCUUCACCUUCAUUGAUGCGCAAUACCGGAGUAUAUUUGCAGGAUUUAUUGCCAUUGGGUGGCAGACAUAUCUGAGUUUCUUAAAUCGAAGGGCUGAGAUCGAGGCUGCCGCGAAGUCCGGUGAUAUCGUGCCGAUAGACGGAAAGGAGACGAAGGAGUGUCACGGCGUGGCGUUUUGGGUAGACUGGGAACUGCGCCUCUAA